UUAUCAUCACCUCUAUAAAUCCAAAUUUGAUAUCGAAUCUCUCAUCAUACCCAGUUGUGUUUGAGCGAAUUAGGGUUAAAAAUGAGACAUUUCAGGUAGUUUAAUUGCUUGAAUUUCCUUUGAACACAACGUGUUCGAUAAAAGUUCCCAAUGAAAAAUAGAUUGAAGGAGAGAGUUUGUGGCAGCCUUCAAAUUAAUUACCAGCCAUAUACUCAAGGGCACAAUUGAACUCAUUUUAAAACCACCUAAUUCUUGCACCUCCAAUAAAUGGAAGAACUGUACGGAAGAGGAUGAUAAGUGUACGUUGUGAUACAAAAUCAAGAAAAAGCUCAGAUGAUUACCAUGCCACACUUAAAGCUCUCAAUUCUAGAGGCCGUAGACCUCGAAAAUCACUUGGCCAGCACUAUAUGUUGAAUUCUGAAGUGAAUGAGCAGCUUGUUUGUGCUGCUAAUGUUGAAGAAGGAGAUGUGGUUCUUGAAAUUGGACCUGGGACUGGUUCUUUAACCAAUUUUCUUUUGGAGAGUGGAGCCACCGUUCUUGCUAUUGAGAAAGACGCGCAAAUGGCUGUCCUAGUCGAAGAAAGAUUUUCUCAUACAGACCAUUUUAAGGUUUUGCAAGAGGAUUUCCUCAAAUGUCACAUUCGUUUGCAUAUGUCAUCGCUGUUGGAAAGUAGAAGUUGUUUGACCGAGAAACCAGACCGACGCGCAAAAGUUGUUGCGAAUAUACCAUUUAAUAUAAGUAGUGACGUAGUUAAACAACUAGUUCCUAUGGGUGAUAUAUUCUCAGAAGUCGUUCUUUUACUUCAGGAGGAGACAGCUUUACGUUUGGUAGAAUCAUCUUUAAGAACAUCAGAAUACCGACCCAUCAAUGUUUUUGUCAAUUUUUAUUCAGAUCCUGAGUAUAAAUUUAAGGUUCCACGGUCUGACUUUUUCCCUCAGCCAAAUGUUGAUGCAGCUGUUGUUAAAUUUAAGCUAAAGCAAGCUAAAGAUUACCCAGCAGUUUCCUCCUCUAAGAGCUUCUUCUCAUUGGUAAAUUCAGCAUUUAAUGGAAAACGCAAGAUGUUGCGGCGGUCACUUCAGCACAUUUGCACAUCCUCUGAGAUUGAAGAGGCUCUAGAAAACAUUGGUCUUCUACCCACUUCAAGACCGGAGGAGCUUACAUUGGAUGAUUUUGUGAAGUUGCACAAUCUGAUUGGUGUUCACAACAUAAUACAGUAGCACGACGCAAUCCAAGUUCCUGCGAACGAAGAGUCUGUCUUGACGUUUCAUUGUCGGAGUCGAAACACAUCAAUCUUUGAUCGAAACCCCAUAAACAAGAAUUAAUAUUGAAGAAUCAGACAUUUCAAAGAAACAUUUACUGCUCAAGACUGAAGAAAAUAACAUAUUUAAUGUAUCUGUAGCAUCAGUUGUAUGUAAAACUGAAAUUCAAGUCGGAUUACGUAAAUUUUUCAGCUGUUACAAA